CUGACAUAUAAAUAAGCGAGGUCCGACUCUCUCGAUUACCACCAUUGCGUCGGGCGACGAUGGCGAAAAGCAAGUCGUCUGCAUCCUCCGCAACCCGAAAGAAACACGUACGAAAGGCGACGGCGGCAGCAGGUCCAUCCAAUGAGCCUCCAUUGCCGAAGGAGAAGAAGGCAAAGGGCAAAGACAAGAAGAACAAAGAGCCCAGGAAGAAGGUAUACAUCCCACCUGUGAAACCUGCGCCUGUGCAACCAGAUCCGCUUGACACGCUUGGAGUUGCACAAAUCAUCCCGCCAGAGUUGUUAGUUGUACUGAGGAGACUCGCGAAAAAAGACUCGACUACAAAGAGACGCGCUUUGGAGGAACUCCAGGCAGGAUGGGUUGACAAGGCGAAGAAAGAGGGCCCGACCAGCGAGAUACUGCAUGUCUUGGUGGACAUAAUACCUGUCUGGUUCCACCAUGUCCCUGCACUUUUCUUACAUCCUUCCCGCAGAAUCCGACUGCUGGCUGUGGGCGUGCACUCAUCUCUCCUGCAGAUGCCCGACAUAGUCAGAGACCAACUUUUCUUCUUUCUGCGCGAGGUAGCCUCUGCGGACCAAGCCUCUGCGGACCAAGCUGAGUACAUCAUCGGCUCCUGGUGCAUGGCUGCGCACGACGCCGACCGUCAGGUCUCCUCCCUCGCGCGUGAGACAUGGGCGCAGUCGGUCUCGCUUACAACGGAAGAGUCCCGGCCGCUCGUCCUUGCGGGAGACACGUUUAAGCAAUUGUGGGAGUUCGUGUUGCGAACGAUUCUGGAUCCUAAUGGCGUGUACUUGUACGUGAAUCCUCCUCAGGCCGCCGCGCUGCCUCCUCCGCCACAUCAGCAGAAGAAGGGCGCUUCUCGUCCAGCGCAAGCCCGGAAGGACAAGGAAGAGGAGGCAAGUGCUCGUGCAAAAGCCGAGGAGGACGAGGAGAGCGAGCAGGAUAGGAAGGGCCGGCUGCGCGUAGGCGCGCUCCGGUCGGCGGAGUGGAUUAUUAAUUCGCUCGCAAAAGAGAGAAAGGCAGAUAUGACGGACAAAUUCCUCUCUCCGCUUGGUAAUCCAGCACUCUGGUCUGCGCUGUACCACGGCCAGACACCACCGUUCGUACAGUUUGAAAGCAUCGGAUACAGUCAACCCGGAGUGCGAAGGGCGGCAUGGUCACUCUUACAAACGUUACUUGGUGCAUGUGAAGAUCAUCUCAAUCCGCUGCUGUCGAUGUUGAGCAGCCCUGUCCUCCGCUCAGCAUGGGUCGAGCCUGACAACAGCGUGAGGGACGUUAUGAUGGUGCCUCUAUUGCUCUAUCUAAGACGCUACCCGGAAGCUUGGAAGGUCGACGCUCAGCCGGCAGACGACGAAGAUGAAGAUAGGUCUGGUUCGGAAAGCGAGGGCGAGGUGUACCAGGAGAAGUCCUUGGAGGCUUCCAACAAAACGACUCCGCGUUCCCAAGCGUACUCGGAAUUCUUGCAGUACCUUCAACUAGGAUGUGCGGGGUCGCCGACACAGGGGUACCCCGCAGUCCCCAUCAUUCUCGCGACCAUUCCGCCGAUGAUCGUCGGCUCUUUGUCGUCGACACCACUCGAUGACCUCUUCACAUCGUUUUGGGCCGCGCUUGAUGGUCGUGCGCUGAGUGCACUAGACAGAAGCGCAGCAUCGGCUGCGUUCCUCGACGCGCUCCUGUUGUGUGUCAAUCUUGUUGUUGGCAGGCUCAUGCGUGGCUCGCUGGAGGAUAGCAAGCUGCUGAUCUGUGGUGCUGAGGGCGAAUCCAUAUCGCAAGAUGGCGUGCGCGAAGCUGCCCUUAGGAUGGUCAAGGAACAGUUUGCGCGAAUAUGGGAGGAGCUCAGUUCUGGGCGUCUGAGGGUUGAGGGAAACAAGGCGACGGCGCUGAUGAUGCGACCGCUUGUUUCCUUCAACAACAUCGACAGAGAAUUCUUCCAGGUCGCAUGGCAACCUCUCGCAUCCGGCAUCAAGAAGCAGGUUGACGCAGAGGACGCGCCAAUCCCGCCAUUGAUUUCUACGAUGCUUAGUGCGUUCAAGCGCAGUUUCGAGGCCGGCAGUGAGCAAGACGCUGCAGCACAGGCAUUGAUUAGGGAGGUGGUGCAGAGUGCCAUUGCACAACUCCAGGCGGUCCUCGAGGGAAAAGACCCUCUUUCAUCAGAGCAUCUCUCGUCUCUGGUAUCUCUUUUCGAUGCAUUCGCGAGUACCGCGUUCGGAGGCUCUUCCAUGGGUGUGGAGCUCGAGGAGAAAAUGCGGCAACAUAUCGAGCGGCUUGUGCUGGUCUUGCCAUCUCUGCUUCGGGUGUACGUCUCCCAUUGCCCCGACGAGACGCGUUCCUUGCGGCUUUGGCAAGAUGUCCUCAACGCGAUUGCGAAAAAUCCAGAAGAGAGUUCGAAGGAGCUAACAUCAUUGCUAGAUCUGGCCAUAAAGAACGAACUUCCGUCGUUCCUGAAGCCGCAAACACCUGUGCUGGAUGAGCUUGCAGGUGGCUUGCUUGCCGACGCCUUAUCAGAAGUGCCGCCGACGUCAAAAGUAACAACUAUGCGCGGGCUGCUAUGCUAUCCAGACCACUUUAUUUCCCGCAGUUGCUUUGAAGGUCUGGUGCGACGUCUCAGCUCGGCAUUCACUCGAUACAUUCCCGAUGCAUUCCGUGAUGAUGCCUUCUCCUUGGAUGCAUUUGACGUUCCGUUAGAGAUGUUUGAUGCAUUAGCUGAAAAGCAACCAGACGUCCUCUUUUCAGUCGGCGCCAUCGGCAGCGUCUUACCGGAUAUGUUUUUUUUCGCGUAUUUACUACCGACAUUCCGAACGGUCAACGCGCAGGGACGCGAUGUGGCAAGAAUGCUGUGGAUUCAAUGGGCAACGGCUGCUGGCGAAGAGGCAGCAUCGAGAGUAUCGACAGUGAUAGCAGAACAGCUGCGUGAUCUAUUGCUCGAUUGUUCUGUCAUUCCAACACCAGGACAGAUCUUGCAAUUCCUAUCGGGCAGCUAUCCCGGCUUUGACGUUGCUCCAAUGGAUCUGCUUCCACCCAAGUCCACGUUCGAUAGCAUGUUAAACGAGUUGCCCGCUGAAGCGAUUGAUGCAAGUCUAGCGGUCAUAGAUCCCAUUAUCCCGACUAGCCUUGGGGAAGGAGAAGCCACUGAAGAUGAAAUGCAUGACCGCCUUGGUUUCUCCCGAUACGCUCGUGCUGUAUACGCCUUGUUGCUGCACCUUGCGGACGACAGGACAGCUGCGAGGGAGAAUCCGUGGGCGCUCCGGCAUCUCCUAGCCAUAUCUAUGUACGCGGGCGAGCUUUUGCAGAGUCCACGAUCGCAUGGCGUAGUCUUCUCGAAUCAGGCCUCGAGGACUGCUCUACAGGAUGUUGUCACAAAGGUCGGGCAGAUAUCGGCCUACGUGCUCUCCUCUGAGCAAGGGGAGGGAUGGCAUGCCACGGUCGUAAAAGCCAUUACUACGGAGAAUCAGAUUGGCUGUCCGGACGACAUUGGUCGACUCCUAUACGAUCUCAUCGCGCUUUCACGAUCAGAGGACACAGUGCGAGAAGCUCGUAUUCUGAGGACUCUCUUGCAACACUUACUCGGCAGUGCAUCUAAAACGGAUGCCGAACAGUGGAUUCUGCUCGCACGGAAGCUGGAGAAACAAGCACCGUUUGCAUCUCUCGCGAUUGUUUACUCCGUCACGCAGUGCGCUCCAGAGCCGCCGAUACUGGAUCGUUAUCGGAACGAGUUGGCUGCUAGCACGCUCGGCGUACCUCCGUCGAAAGCUAACACUGAGGGGCUAUGGCAUCUACGACGUUUAGCUGCAAGCGCACCUGAUCCCGAGUCCGACGUUGUAUUCUUGCCUCAACUCAGAGCAGUGAAUCUUAUGAAGGCUUGCCAGCAAUGGAUUACCUCGGACGAAGAUCUCGAUGAGGAGGUCGAGAGCGAGAUGACACUGGUAUUUUUCCAUUUGGUCCCUAUCCUGCAGAAUGUGCCCGGUGCCCAUUGGGACCUGAUCUUCGACGUCAUGGAGAACAAUCUUGAGAACUCGGCUCUCACGGAGCCCAGCACACUGGCAACUUUGAGCAGAACGUUGCGAUUGUUCAUUACUAUCCAAGAUCUUGCCACCACCAAUAAGGCACUGCGCACCAUAUGGCAGGAAAGAGAGGCUACCUGUCUGACCCUCAUUCGCGACAUGAUUGUCGUCAAGCUCGAUGAAUCGAAGAUGUCUACUCCGCUGUCCAUCUGCCGAGAGCUGGCUUUGCAGAUUGUUCAAGACCUCCCAGAGUCGCUCAUCGACAAGAACAUGCUGCCACAGACAUGUCAUAUUAUCACAGACUCUUCCUUUGACGUUCAGCGCAUGGCCUACCAACUACUUCACGAAGCUGCUAGAAAGUACACUGAACACAUGGUCAUUGAGGCCGCGGUCGAUUCUGAUGAGCAGGUGAAGGUUGAAUUGCCGUCAGAACUCAUCGAAAUUCUGCAGCGGAGCCUGAAUGACGACCCAGACGAGCUUCAUCAGGAAUACACCGGUUAUCUACUUGCAUGGAUGGUCGCCUUCGAUCUUUUCACAAAUGCUUCGCUGAAAGUGAAAUCGGGUUACAUUGAUCAGUUGCGGGACCUCAACCUCGUUGGUGAUCAUUUGCUUCCAAACAUUCUCAGCAUUCUUGGCCUUUACGGCAGCCUUUCCAAAUCAUUCAAGCUGAACAUCUGGGACAUUGGCGACAUAUAUCUUGAUCUCUGUCUGGCUGAUUCGCCGUUGAGUUUGCGACUGCUCGCCGCGCAUGUCUACUACCGGGCACUCUUCGUCGUUCCCUCGCUCAUCCGAGCAUGGCUGUCUGAGUGCAGGGACCGGCAGCUCUUCAAGGCCGUGACCUCGUACACCUCUACCCACUUCUCACCUCUGAUCAUCUCAGCCGAGUUGUCGCAACUCAGGGAUCCCUCAGUGAUGAGUGAUCUCGUGGACGAGACCUUCACUGUCAAGGUCGCCGGUGCUGUCAAUGAGGUCACGGCAUCCUACGCGGUGGACGAGAAUCACCUCGAGAUCACUGUGAAACUCCCCUCGGACUAUCCAUUGCAUGGUAUUGAGGUCAGCGAGAACCAGCGGAUAGGCGUACCAGAGCAUCGUUGGCGGUCGUGGGUGCUGGGUGUCCAGCAGAUUCUCACGUUUAGGAGCGGAAGCAUCGUUGACGGCUUAAGUUUCUUCAAGAAGAACGUCUCGUCGUUCUUUGAAGGCCUGACCGAGUGCGCGAUCUGCUAUUCAGUCAUCUGCGCCAUCGACGGCACCGUGCCACGCCAACCAUGCAAAACGUGCAAGAACCGCUUUCAUUCUGCGUGUCUGUACAAAUGGUUCAAAUCGAGUCAUACGUCAAGCUGUCCAUUGUGUCGUUCGGAGCUUAUCUGAUCCCCAUAGACCGCGAAGCGCGAAAGUAUAAUGUGUAUCACUGCUGCCAUGCUGUAUCGGAAUACUCGACAAGUUCAUCACCUUCUGUUGAUCCGCCUGACAGGAAUGUGCCUUUCCGACAGUUACAACAGCAGUUUACAGUGUACACAGCUGAUUUCGGGAUGCCUGGAACACCUGCUACCCGCGUCAGAUGUUCGAGAGCAGUGGCCGUGCCCUUCGAUCAGAAGUGAUGCCUGGCAUAGCCAUAGCCCAACCUGAUCAUUUCGAAGCGUGC